GUGUUUUGUGUGGCUUUAAUAUCAAUCUGCCGAAUAAAGUAGAAGCUCUGAAAGGAUCCUGUGUUUUCAUCCCCUGCACAUUUGAUAUUGAUCAACGAUAUGAAGAUGAUCUCACUGACAGUGCAAAGAGAAUGUGGGUUAAAGUUGAAAACCCUCCCGUUAUAGUGUUUGACUCCAGCAGCCCCAACACUGGACUGUUAAAAGGAGAAAUAUUUGGCACUGCUACACAGAAAAACUGCACCACACGAUUCGAUAAUGUUGAUCAGAGACAUAAUGGGUCAUAUUACUUCAGAAUCGAAACCAGUGGUAAAUUGAAAUAUAACUACAGAGGACCUACAUACUCUCAAGUUGAAAUUGUCGUCUUAGAUGCUCCUAAAAACACAUCGGUGAGGAUAAAUCCAGCUGGUUUAGUUCUGGAGGGUCGUUCAGUGACUCUGAUCUGCAGCAGUGAUGCAAACCCAGCAGUGAACUACACCUGGUACAGAGACACUGAGAGACCUCUGAAUCCAGUUCAGACCGGACCAAACCUGACCAUCAACAACACCGACCCGACACACAGCGGACGAUACUACUGUACAGCUGAGAACAAACACGGCACACAGAACUCAUCAGUGCUGCUGGACGUCCAGUAUGCUCCUAAAAACACGUUGGUGAGGAUAAAUCCAGCUGGUUUAGUUCUGGAGGGUCGUUCAGUGACUCUGAUCUGCAGCAGUGAUGCAAACCCAGCAGUGAACUACACCUGGUACAGAGACACUGAGAGACCUCUGAAUCCAGUUCAGACCGGACCAAACCUGACCAUCAACAACACCGACCCGACACACAGCGGACGAUAUUACUGUACAGCUGAGAACAAACACGGCACACAGAACUCAUCAGUGCUGCUGGACGUCCAGUUUGCACCCAAUAUCUCCAUCUCUUGCAGUCGAAGCAGUGUAACGGAGUGUGUGUGUGAGGCUCAUGGGAAUCCCUGUCCUACACUAGAGUGGCGUCUGUCUGGACGUGUGAUCACUAACUCUACAGAAACCUCCAUCAGUGAGGAGACGUUAGGAAGCACAGGAGUGAAGAGCGUCCUGAACAUCCAUCAGUCCCUCACAGACACGGACGUCCUGCAGUGUUUCAGCACAAACAAAUACAGCAGCGCCAGUCAACAGUUUCAGGACGUCCUGGACUAUUAUUGUAUGAUUUUAAGAGUAUAAAGCAUAAAAAAACUUAAACUUCUAAAUAAAAUUAAUUCUUUACCAUAUAAA